AGGGGCGGUGGAAGAAUUUACCAGAAUUCUCUAAUCGACACAGAAGAGAUGGGGUUUUAGGAGGAGGAACGAGGAGAAGGUUUCGCAUUCACGGAGUAUGAAAACCUGAGCAAAUAGUGAAGGAAAAGAAACCGAUCAAGAACGAUGGACGCCAUGGAUACCGACACGGCGAGCAAUACCCGGGAUAUGGGGGAGAAGGAUGCCGGGGACGGGCCGGCCGGCGGCCAUCGCCGCGACGCCCACGAGAGCGCGUGGAAUCUACUCGCCUUGGCCCGCCAGCUUAUCGACCAGGGGAAGCCCUCUCUUGCUCUCCAAACCGUAUUGGCAGCCAUGAGAUCUGAAGGUGGAGAACAAGCUGUCUUCCAAACUCUAAACUGCGCACGUGAGCUCUACAGGAACAAAAUGCAGGCUAAUGCUGCUGCGGACGAACUGGCCUCCUUGUUUGCAGAAUGUGUUAUAGCUCAAGCACAGCCUAUAAGAUCUGACCCACCACAACCUCAUGCGGCUGUUCCUUCUACUCUGCUUGAUGCUAAUGACACUUCCAUUCUUGCAAUGACUGGGAGGAAGCAGAUUAUGUUGGAAGCCUUUGCAGAUGGAAGUAGCUUUGUCUGUCUGCAGUGUGGAGGCCUUGUCAGCAAUCUACGCAAGGAGGAACAUCUGUCAUACUGGUGUAGUCAGCUUGAUCAGCGGUACAAGGUUGGUUAAAAGUCAUCUUCCUGCCUGUAAGCUGGUUUUCAAUUAACCACUCAGAUGAACAUUGACGUUUUUCUAUUGAACAAAGCCUGCUAGUGCUGCACAUGGCGGUGAUGAACUCCUUCGGUUCGUAAAAUGGUUGCUGCCACUGCGGUUGCAAUUAUUUGAGAUGAGCUGAUUCACCAUCCAUCUCUUUGGAAAUUACACAUGAAAUUUGUAGUGGCUUUACAGAAUUCUCUAUGGUUCUGAUCAUAUGUGGUUGGAUUUGGUUUCUUCCGUCAAUGUUCGACGAGUUUGGUUGCUUUGGCUAUUAGAAUGGAGUAUGCCUUCUUGGGUUGGUUGUUAUUUGUCUUAGCUAGUUGGAUACUUUUAAUUGGACUUGGAUUUAUGUUAUAUGGUAAUUUAAGAAAGAAAAAUUAGUGUUCGGUUGAGUGUUAUCUUUGUACUGGAAGGAUGAACUGGGUCUGCAUGAUUGGGUUAAUGGAACCUGUUUUGGGGCUGAGAAUCUCUGGAGGUUAAAGGAUAAAAGGUUAAGGCUUCUUAGGCUUUCGUCAAAGGAUUAGAAUUAACCUUUGCUGCCUAUGUACAUAUUUGAUUCAUGUGACAGGCCAAAGAAAGGAGGUUUAAUGGACCGCUAUGACUCAGUUUAUGAUAUCGUCUUGAUUAGUUCCAGACAUAGACAGGCUUGUGUGGUUCAAAAUAGUACUUGAUGGAUGGCUGUAAUCCUGGAUGGAUCUAUACAUCAAUGAAAAAACAUCUAAAUUAACUCAAAACCAAAAGUGACAUAUUUUAGAGUUUUUUUUAUGCAUUUAUUAAAUUGAUAAAUGCUAGAGUUUUAAAGAAAUGCCACCACACUUGGCUUGAUAUAUAUUUUUAGAACAUUGAAAUCAACU